AUGGUUCUUCAGAAACCUCUCGAUCGUGAAAAGCAAGAGCAUUUGUCUCUGGUUCUGACAGCGAUAGAUGGAGGUAAUCCACAAUUGUCUGGUACUGCGCAGAUACACAUUACUGUUUUAGAUGCCAACGACAACGCGCCUGUUUUUAUGCAUAAAAUAUAUAAAGCGAGUAUCACCGAGAAUGCUCUCAAAGGCACCAGCGUGACGACGGUUAGUGCUUCUGAUUUGGAUGAGGGAUCUUACGGCAAAAUUACAUAUGCUAUUAAAAAUACCCUCGACAAUGUUCUAGAAUUGUUUGAAAUUAACGAAACAAACGGUGAGGUGAGAGUUAAAGGUCUUAUAGAUUAUGAGAAAGCUCGCCACUAUCAAAUUCAUAUACAGGCGAGCGAUGACGGAGGUCUAACUGAUUCUUGUAAAAUCGAUGUAGAUGUUGUUGAUAUAAAUGACAAUAAACCACAGAUCAACAUCAUGUCUAAAUUAACUGCAAUAUCAGAAAACUCUAAUCCUGGAACUGUUGUAACAAUGAUUAAUGCGCAAGACCCGGAUGCAGGUGAAAACGGUAAAAUAUUUUGUUCAGUUAAUGAGAAUAUUCCAUUUACCCUUAAGUCGACAAAUGGCAAUUUCUUCAGUUUAGUUACAGAUGGUGAUUUAGACCGGGAGCGCGAGUCUGGAUAUAAUAUUAGUGUGACAUGCGCUGAUGAGGGCGUGCCCUCUCUCUCCAGCAGCGUCGCUCUCUCCUUACAGAUAUCAGAUGUGAAUGAUAACGCGCCUGUGUUUGACAAGAGCUCAUAUGAGGCCUCUGUUCAAGAAAACAACACACCGGGUCUUUCCAUAUUCACAAUUAGAGCAAGAGACGCAGAUUUUAACCAGAAUGCCCGUGUGUCUUACAUACUGGAGGACUCCUUGGUUAACGGAGUGCCCGUCUCCUCCUUAGUGUCGGUUAGUGCGGACAGUGGAGUCAUACAUGCAGUGCGGUCUUUCGAUUACGAGCAGAUCAAAGAUUUUCAGUUCCGCGUAAAAUCGCAGGACGGAGGCUCUCCUCCUCUGAGCAGCAACGUGAGCGUUAAAAUAGCGAUUCAGGACCAGAAUGACAACGCGCCUCAGGUUCUGUAUCCGGUCCAGUCAGGUGCUUCUGUGGUGGCUGAAAUAGUGCCUCGUUCGGCGGAUGUGGGUUAUCUGGUGACUAAAGUGGUGGCUGUUGAUGUGGACUCUGGACAGAAUGCCUGGCUCUCAUAUAAACUGCAGAAAGCCACAGACAGGGCGCUGUUUGAAGUGGGCUUACAGAAUGGAGAAAUAAGAACUGUACGCCAAGUGACAGAUAAAGAUGCUGUCAAACAAAGACUCACUGUUGUAGUGGAGGACAACGGGCAGCCCUCUCGAUCAGCUACAGUCAGUGUUAAUGUGGCGGUGGCGGACAGUUUCCCUGAAGUGCUCUCGGAGUUCACUGACUUUCCGCACGACAAGAACUACAACGACAACCUGACUUUCUAUCUGGUCUUGGCUUUGGCUGUAGUUUCGUUUCUCUUUAUCGUGUCUAUCAUUGCCAUACUGUCAGUCAAAUGCUACAGAUGGAGACGCGAGCGGAUGUUUUACAAAUCUGGAGCGAAUCUUCCAGUUAUUCCGUAUUAUCCGCCUCUUUACGCAGACGUAGGGGGCACAGGAACUUUACAGCACGUGUACAAUUAUGAGGUUUGCAGAACCACUGACUCCAGAAAGAGUGGUCUGAAGUACGGCAGACCUUGCAGUGAGAGCAUCAUUAGUCUGGACACCAAUGGAACACAGACACUGACGCACGUGCAAAGGGAGAGACUGAACUUUGACGAUUGUGAAGAUCAGGUGAGAAAUAUUUUUACAGAAACUUUAUAUUAGAUCAAUAGUCUAAUCAAUCAAUAGUCUCUGCAAUUCUAAGAAAUGCAUUAACAAAUAAUUUCAGCCAGGGGCGUUUCUAGGAUUUUAAAACAUCCAGGGCUGGUGCUAAAACAUCAGGGGCUAGUG